CGAUUUCCCGGCGUGACUUAGCUUUUUUUUUAUUUAGCAUUUAAAAGGCAGCGCAUGUAUCAGUUCAGAGUGCCGGGGACUUGCAUCCUCUAAGCCGGGGAUUGAAGCAUUUAAGAAUGGAAAAAGACUUCCGCUACUAUUUCCAGCAUCCAUGGUCUCGCUUAAUUGUGGCCUACCUAGUGAUCUUCUUUAAUUUUUUAAUAUUUGCUGAAGAUCCAGUAUCUCACAGUCAAACGGAAGCAAAUGUCAUUGUUGUUGGAAACUGUUUUUCCUUCAUUGCAAAUAAAUAUCCUGACGAAGGUGGCUGGAACUUUUUAAAAGUCACUUUGUGGCUACUUGCCAUUCUCACAGGACUCAUAGCUGGCAAGCUUCUCUUCCACCAGCGUCUAUUUGGUCAGCUACUUCGGUUGAAAAUGUUUCGAGAGGAUCAGGGGUCUUGGAUGACAAUGUUUUUCAGCACCAUACUUUCUCUCUUCAUCUUUUCUCAUCUCUACAAUCUAUGUCUUCUUAUGGCAGGUAACAUGAGGCCAUACAUUGUGACGGACUUCAUGGGCAUCAGGAAUGAAAUCUUUAUGAAAGUAGCAGCAGUGGGGACCUGGAUGGGAGACUUUGUCACAGCUUGGAUGGUGACCGAUAUGAUGCUCCAGGACAAGCCUUACCCUGGCUGGGGAAAAUCUGCCAGGGCUUUUUGGAAAAGGGGGAACAUUAGGAUCAUUUUAUUCUGGACAGUUUUAUUUACUUUGACCUCAGUGAUUGUGCUGAUCAUCACAACAGACUGGAUAAACUGGGACAAGUUGAAUCGUGGAUUUCUGCCAAGUGAUGAAGUUUCGAGAGCUUUCCUGGCUUCCUUCACCUUAGUUUUUGACCUUCUUAUUGUCAUGCAGGACUGGGAAUUUCCCCAUUUUAUGGGUGAUGUUGAUGUGAAUCUUCCAGGCUUGCCUGCUGCACAUUUUCAGUUCAGACUGCCUUAUUUUAAAACUAUUUUAAAGGAGGAGUAUCACAUUCAUGUUACAGGCAAAUGGUUUAAUUAUGGGAUUAUAUUUCUUGUUUUAAUCUUGGAUCUGAAUAUGUGGAAGAAUCAAAUAUUUUACAAGCCACAUGAAUAUGGUCAAUAUAUUGGUCCUGGACAGAAAAUCUAUACUGUGGAAGACUUAGAAAGCUUAAAGGACCUCAAUAGAACCAAACUUUCUUGGGAGUGGCGGUCAAACAACACAAAUCCUUUGACCAACAGAACCUAUACCGAAGAUGAUAUGUUUCUACAAAGCCGAUACAUUGGUGCAAGCCUAGAUGUCAAAUGCUUGGCCUUCAUUCCGUCUUUAUUAGCAUUUGCUUUGUUUGGAUUCUUCAUCUGGUUCUUUGGCCGUUUUCAGAAAACUGAUCAAGGCAUGGAAAAUCUUGACAAAUCAUACACACAAAUGAAAAAGAAAUCACCAUCUGAUAUGGGAAUGACACGAGAGAACACACAAGUUUUAGCAGAGGAGCCUUUAAGCUCUGAAGAUCCUCAUGUGAUAUGUAUCAAGUCUGACUUGAGUGAGAUUGUCUUUAAUUCCUCACUCUUAACAUCUGAAAAUCUUAGCUCCCAUCUAGAUGAUCAGCCAAGUCCCUUGCAACCAAUAAGGGAGUCCACCGUACCGAAGAAUAAUUCUUUACCUAAUAAGUAAUAACAUCCCUCUUGGAAA